GCCCGCGCCCCCGCCCGGCCCCUCGGCGGAGCCCGUCGGAUCCGGCCUCGCUCUGCGCCCCGGGGCGCGCCGCCUCCCAGCCGGAGCUCCUGUCAGUUGGAACCCGUAUCCGUGCCGCUAUCUCCGCUCCUGGCCGCCUCCCCGCCCGUGCUGUCCCACAGGUGCCCACACGUCUGGCUGUCCAUCCGUCCGUCCCUCCUGGGGCCGGCGCUGACCAUGCCCAGCGGCUGCCGCUGCCUACAUCUCGUGUGCCUGUUGUGCAUCCUGGGGGCACCCGGUCAGCGUGUCCGAGCCGAUGACUGCAGCUCCCACUGUGACCUGGCCCACGGCUGCUGUGCACCUGAUGGCUCCUGCAGGUGUGACCCAGGCUGGGAGGGCCUCCACUGUGAGCGCUGUGUGAGGAUGCCUGGCUGCCAGCAUGGUACCUGCCACCAGCCCUGGCAGUGCAUCUGCCACAGUGGUUGGGCUGGAAAGUUCUGUGACAAAGAUGAGCACAUCUGUACCACACAGUCCCCCUGCCGGAAUGGAGGCCAGUGCAUCUAUGACGGGGGCGGUGAGUACCACUGUGUGUGCCUACCAGGCUUCCAUGGGCAUGACUGCGAGCGCAAGGCCGGACCCUGUGAACAGGCGGGCUCCCCAUGCCGGAAUGGCGGGCAGUGCCAGGAUGACCAGGGCUUUGCCCUCAACUUCACGUGCCGCUGCCUGGCAGGCUUUGUGGGUGCCCGCUGUGAGGUGAAUGUCGAUGACUGCCUGAUGCGGCCUUGUGCUAAUGGUGCCACCUGCCUCGAUGGCAUAAACCGCUUCUCCUGCCUCUGCCCAGUGGGCUUUGCUGGACGCUUUUGCACCAUCAACCUGGAUGACUGUGCCAGCCGCCCAUGCCAGAGAGGGGCCCGCUGUCGGGACCGUGUCCACGACUUUGACUGUCUCUGCCCCAGUGGCUAUGGUGGCAAGACUUGUGAGCUUGUUCUACCCGCCCCAGAUCUUGCCACCACAGUGAACAUCCCCCUAGCGCCCACCUCAGCUGUGGUGGUACCUGCCACGAAGCCAGCCCCCCACAGUGCGGGGGCCGGUCUGCUGCGCAUCUCAGUGAAGGAGGUAGUGCGGAGGCAAGAAGCCGGGCUCGGUGAGCCCAGCCUGGUGGCCCUGGUGGUGUUUGGGGCCCUCACUGCUGCCCUGGUCCUGGCCACCAUGUUGCUGACUCUGAGGGCGUGGCGCCGGGGUGUCUGCCCCCCCGGACUCUGUUGCUACCCUGCCCCACACUACGCCCCGGCGUGCCAGGACCAGGAGUGUCAGGUUAGCAUGCUGCCAGCAGGGCUCCCCCUGCCACCUGACCUGCCGCCUGAGCCUGGAAAGACCACAGCACUGUGACGGAGGUGGGGGCUUUCCCGCCCCCUUCCUCGCCUCCCCACCCCUCAAACUGGAGUGGUCCUUUCCUACCACCCCUCAGCCUGGUACACACACUGAGGGGACCUCAGCCUCGCACCAGAAAUAUUAUUUUUUUAAUAUACAGAAUGUAAGAUGGGAAUUUUAUCAAAUAAAACUAUGAAAAUGCAA